CUCUAAUCUGGACAGGAAACGUCAUCAGAGGAUACGAGCUUUACUCUUCGAGUGACACAAACGCAUGAACGCUGUCUGUUUUCGGGGGCAAAAAUGUCAAUAACCACUUGCCAGAAGGUGACGCUCAUAUCCUGCUCCGUGCUCUGCGUGUCUCUGUUCCUGCCCAGGAUGUUUUUACCCAGAGGGAAAAAGGCGAUGGAGCAUCCUGAGGUUGGACCUGGAUUUUACCCGCCUGUGAUGAAUCAGCUGUCACUGCCGAAAGACUCCAAACAGUGGGGUGUGGAAGUGUUGCACUCCAUGACGCACAGCGCAGAGGCCAUGGCCAAAAUGAAAGGAGUCGGCCGAGGAACAAAAUACAACCUGAUGGCUCAAGUCAUUCCCAUUUAUGGUUUUGGCAUCCUCCUUUACAUCAUCUAUAUAAUCCACAAGCUGACGUGUAAGACGACGAAGACAACUAAAUCAGGGAUCUACAGCACAAUAAUCAAGACAAACACGCAGAAUACAUUCAUGACAGAUUACGAGCUGGUCAGACUCCAGGAGAGACUCCUGCAGACGGAGACGAAGUUGGACAGGAUCGCCUCGGCAAAGCGCUCUAAAUCUGCAAGUGGCAAACGGAGGAAGAGUAAAUCUUCCACCUCAAAGAAGGAGGAGAAAUUACUCCGGCAACUCCGUCAGAUCACACAGCUGAUGCAGGAGGGGCGGCUGGAGGGGGCGUCGCCAGAGAUGGAGGCCGAGGAGGUGUCGUACGGUGCAGACUGGGAAGGCUACCCAGAGGAGACCUACCCACAGUAUGACGACCCCUAUAACAGAUGUGUGUUUGACAUGGUCAGAGUGGAGGCAACCUGUAACCAACCCACUGCCGAGGCCCUGGCUGAGAGGAUGGAGCAGGAGGAGGAGGAGGUGAUGGCAAGAAAGCUCUCCAUCGUGCGUGAGGAGGAUGAAGAAGACGACGGGGAGGAAGAGGGAGAGGAGGAUGUGGAAGAAGAGGAGGAGGAUGAGGGUGAGAAUGAAGAAGAAGCAGAGGAAAAUAUAGAGGAGGAGGAUGAAGAGGAGGAGGAGGAGGAGGAGGCAGAGAAACGACUGUUGCUCAGCCCUCGUUUAUCACGUCCUGCUGCAGAGAGAAAGCAGGAGAGACUCGGUUUGGAGGUGAGCAGAGAGCUGCAGUGUCACAGCGGAGGGAGGAAACAGAUCAGCUUCAGUGACCACAAAGAUGUGUUCCACUACCCUAAAGAGGGCGUGUAUGAGGAGGAGGAGGAACAGGAGGAGGAAGAGGAUGAGGAGGAGGAGGAGGAGGAGGAGGUGGAGGAAUUAGAGAGGGAAGAAGCUGAUGAAGAGGAUCCAGUGAUGGAAGCAGAGAGCCUGCAGUUCAGCAGCGAUGGUUGCCCGGACCCAGAGGAAGAGGAAGAAGAGGAGGAAGAGGAGGAGGAUAAAGAGGAGUACGUGUUAGUGUCUGCUCCUGUAGGUGGCAGUAAAGAGGUGGGAGUGAGUGGGCUGAGGAUGAGGAACAGGAGAGAGACAUGAGGACGUUUUACCUUUGUCUAAAAUCCCUUUAAUUUAGCCUGUAAGUCAGUGAACAUCAAACAUGUUGAGUUAAUUGUAGGAUUCAAACUCCUUACACGUCAGCAAUAUAGAAAAUGAUUAUUUUAUAUUAUAUACAGUAGAUAUUUUAACAAUAGCUCUGCAGCUGUACUGUGUUUUUGCUAUUCUUUACAUGUUUCUAUACAUACCUGUACAUUCAAUAGCAAUAUGGACUCACUGGCCAUUUUAUUAGGUACACCCGUACUUCUAAAUGCAAAUAUCUAACUGGUCUGAGACGACAGUAACAGUAGCAGAACAACAGAAAAUGGGCUGUGAUUCCCAAACUGGGGAACUUGUACCCCCGGGGGUACACGGAGCGGGUGUAGGGGGUACUUUGUGUGAUGAAAUUUAAAAUACACACGUUUUUUUACACACAAGUGUGCAGGAAUAGUGGGUACAUGGUUGGAGGUCAUGGUUAGGUGUACCUAAUAAAAUGGCCAGUGAGUGUAAAUGUGCUUGUAUGUGUGAAUUUGACUCUACGAUAGUGAGCUUCACACCGUCUGUGGCCCAGUGAGAAGCUCCGUACACACUCAAAGCAAUUUCCCUCUUCAUUACGUCUGCAUUUUUACGUCUUUAUAUAAAUAAAUAUGACAUUUAAAACACUUGAAAGAACUAAACACGUGUUGACUUAGAGAGUUUUUAUUUUUUUUCCCAUGGUCAAAGGAUUGUGUCUAUACCACCACAGUAAAUUGUACACCAUUAAAUGUACAUAACAACGAGAGCAAUAGAAACAGAAAAUGAAAGAAGGUUCUGGCUCCUGGACACAUGUAUGAAAAGCAGACUUUACAGCAAGAGUAUUAACGUUUGUUUUGUUUUUUUUCCAAAUAGAAAUUUAAAAUAGUUAAUAAUAGAACACAGCUGAGUACAAGAAUAGCACAUUUCUGAUAAAGAUUUCCUCGUAAACCACAGUAACAAUAGCGGUAUCAGAGAUUGUUCUUUGCCUUCUUUCAGUAGUUUUGUUUGUUGUUGUUGUUGUUGUUGUUUUUUUAAAUGGUCAUAAAAUACAAAAUAUCAUAGUAUAUUUGUGAACGGGAAUAAUAUAUGAAGUAAAAAUAGGAACAGCGAUAAAACAAGUGAUGGAGGAAACAGAUGAGGAAUGCAGAAAUAAUCAGAGAUGAAAUGUGUGUGUUCGCUGUGGCAGAUUCACACUGUAAGUCAAUCAGUGUGGAAGUCGUUGUUGUUGUUGUUUUCUGUGAAUGAUUCUUCGUCUCGGUAAUGUCUGCGACCCCGUCGGCCUCAGUCCGCCUCCGCGGGUUAGGGUCCCCCCAGUCACCUUUGACCCUUUUUCAUUCAAAGCAGCUACAAGAGAACACGUGUGCACUUCCUUUUCCUGCCACAGCGUAACACUGGAGUUAGUCUUCAAAGGCACAAUAAUGUAUGUACAGCUGUGAUUAUCUCUCCCACGACAGGCUUCAAAGUAAAGUGCGCCGUCGUCCGAUACAUUCACUAUAACAUGACACUGGCACGAUAUCGUAUAUAUACGGCACACAACACAGUGCGACCUCCGACCCCCCCGGUUUCAUAUCCAAAGUCCAUGACUGACACUGUGUGUGUGUGUGUGUGUGUGUGUGUGCUUGCAGCUCGGCAGAGCCAAUACUGACGGAUGCUAAAUAAACAUGUAAUAAAUACAUAAAUAACAAAAUAAA